CCAAGCCGGGAGAAGGGUUCGGCGUGGGGGGAGGGGGGCGGUUGACAUGUCUCUCGAAGACCCUUUUUUUGUAGUCCGAGGCGAGGUGCAGAAGGCGGUGAACACGGCCCGCGGGCUGUACCAGCGCUGGUGCGAGCUGCUACAGGAGGGCGCGGCGGUGGGACGCGAGGAGCUGGACUGGACCACCAAUGAGCUGCGGAAUGGCCUGCGCAGCAUUGAGUGGGACCUCGAGGACCUGGAAGAGACCAUUGGGAUAGUGGAAUCCAGUCCAGGCAAGUUCAAGCUCCCAGCUGGGGACCUGCAGGAGAGAAAGGAGUUCGUGGAGCGGAUGCGCGAGGCGGUCCAAGAAAUGAAGGACCAUAUGGUCAGCCCAGCAGCCGUAGCCUUCAUGGAGAGGAAUAACAGAGAGAUGCUGGUGGCCAAGCCAGCCACCCAGAAGUCACCCAGUGACCUGCUGGAUGCCAGCGUGGUCUCGGCCACCUCUCGCUACAUCGAGGAGCAGCAGGCCACGCAGCAGCUGAUCGUGGACCAACAGGAUCAACAGCUGGAGAUGGUGUCUGGGAGCAUCCGGGUUCUGAAACACAUGUCCGGCCGCGUUGGGGAGGAACUGGACGAGCAGGGCAUCAUGCUGGAUGCGUUUACUCACGAGAUGGACCACACCCAGUCCCGGAUGGAUGGGGUCCUCAGGAAGAUGGCCAAAGUGUCCCACAUGACGAGUGACCGCCGGCAGUGGUGUGCCAUCGUAGUGCUGCUCGGGGUUCUUCUCGUGGUUUUAAUCCUACUCUUCUCUCUCUAACCCCAGCCCUCCCUAGGGGGGCUGGUCCCUCAUGCCUGGGGAGCCGCUAAACACUUUUGAGCUGGCCUUGUCCCCGGGGAGGAGAGGAUCCCACCUGGGAGGCUGUCCCCAAGGCUGUCAUCCAGAGCCAGCAGGACCCUCAGGGCCCUGGGCUGGACACCCUGCCCCUGGUCCUGUGUCAAGUGCGCUUAGGGGGUGGUGGAGGUAGGGAGACCUCAGACACACCCCUCCCCAUUUCUAUUUCCGGUGUCCCAAAGCCAUUCGCUCCUGUGCCUUCUCCAUGUGCCAAUUUGGAAAUAAAAUCCCAGCCUUUUUU